UUUCACUUUCGCUUCAGGGCUCUGAACGUGACUUCCUUGAAAUCCUCCACCCUUUUACACUCGCAAAAACACAACUGGACAAUAUUUCGAAAGACUUCCUCUGUUAUUGCUGUUGUUCUUAUUAUUUUGGAUAGUUUGUGUCAUGAUGUCAGGUGAACAGGAGCAGGUAAACGGAGAGCAGAUUGUACAGUCAGCAAAAGACCAGGAUCUGACCAAAACCAGGGAGGAGCUGGAGAAAUUGAAAAAAAUGGUAGAGGCUGUGGAACGAGAAAAAGACAAGCUGAUUCUGGUGAAAAUGGACACUGAUGAGGCAAAGAAAAAAGCGCAGCUGGAGGUCACAAAUCUGAUGACUGCUGGAGAGCAACUUGUAGCCAGCUUCAACGAUAAGAUAAAGGAUAUACAGGCAGAAGUCAGUACUAUGACACAAACCAACCAGGAUCUGCAGAAAAAACUACAGCAAUAUAAGUUGCAGCUGAAAACUAAGCGGACUGAAACAGACCAUUUGCAGCAGAGAUUUAAGAUCAAAGCUGAGAUCCCUGAGAAAAGAAUGAGAUUCACCUGCAUCAAAAACAAGGAGGAAAAUGAGUGGGCUGAGGAAGAAGAGCAUGAGGAUCAGGAUAUCAGGGCUGUCUUCACCAUCAUCCAGAGACCUGCCUUUCUGCUGAAAGGAGGCGAAGCUCUCAUCACCUUCGAGGAAGAGAAAGUGGCGGAUCAGAUCCUCAGGCUGCCGAAGUGCACUGUAGCCUGCGACAAAACCAAGAGUGAAGUAAAACCAGGCACCAUAUCUCUCGAGCCCUCUGCGAAAUUCGAGGUGCAUAUUACCGUGUCCAAGAGAACCAUCGAGUUCUCAAAUGCUUUCACUCUUCUGCCUGAGGAACGAAUGAGAGACCGCUUGGAGCUAGGCUUCUCCAAACCAAGCCGUGGAGGAGGCGAGGUGGAGAGAGUCGAAUAUGAUAUGAAGAAUGGAGCAGGCCGCAUUACCUUCCUCAAGACUGGAGUGGCAGAGAAUUUGACGCUCAGGGGGAAUUUCUACAUUGAUGCCCCCAGUGAGAUGGAAGUCACUGUGGCACCGUUGUAUGGCUACCAGCUGAAGAAGUUUCAGACGUUCUCGGGUGUGCCAAAGCGCACUGUACUGCUCAGAGGCAUUCAGGACAUAAGCGAUGAAGAAGAUAUGCAGGACCAUCUGGAGAUCCAUUUCCAGAAGCCCAGCAACUAUGGCGGAGAGGUGGAGAGCAUUAAAUACAUCUCCAGUGGAAAGAAGCUCAAAGCUUUCUUCAAUGAGGACUGUGUUGAAGCGGAAGCCUAAUAAGCAAAUCGUCUGCAGAAUCUACACAACUCUUAACUGCCAAGCGAUAAACAUACUCUUUCCUAUAGCGAUGUAUUUUAAAAUGGCCUCUAAAAUAGUAAAACAAAUGCUAAAAACAAUUAGCUUGAACAAAUAAUCAAAUUUUUUUUUCAGAGGAGGCUUAUGCUAAGCCAAAGGAAGGAUUAUAAAUUUUUAUUUCAAUAUUUCUUAUUGAAACCAUUAAUUAGGGGCACUUCUUUCACUGUUCUACAUUAACCAAGCUUGAUAUCCUUUAAAUCAUGAAAUAAAUAAAUAAAUCUUAUUCUGUU